CGAUGACACCAGCAAAUGCAGUGGUCGAUAGUGGCGUUCCAGAUUCGGCGGAGUAUGUGGUGGAUCCAAAACAAAGGGCAGACGACAACUUGCACGCUGGCCUCAUAAGCAAGUUCCUGCAAGCAUCAGCAGACAUUGAAGCUGAAGCUAUUUUGAUGGGUAUGGGGGUGCGCAACAUGAUGAAUGUCGUGCUCAUAGAAAGUGCCCAAGAAGAGAUUGCAACAGGGCAAGCAGACAUCGGGCCAUUAUCUCCGGGGUCGGAAAGUAUGGGGGCUCAUGAUGACAUGCUUGGAAGAUACCAUGGCAGCCUCAUAGAAAAUGAUCAUGUUGAACCGAUGAUAAUGUCACCUGAUGGCCUAUUUGCUUCAUCAGUACAGAAUUUGUAUGACGCGAACGGUCAGUUUAGAAAUAAUGAUCAUUGCGGCAACCAGUAGACAAAUAUGUGGAAACAGACCUAACACAUGAUCUUGUUGCAGAGACGGAGGUUCCAUUCAUUGACUUAGUUACGAGUGUUCCAGUAUCACAUAAUGAGGUUGAUGGUGAGGCUCCAGGUAUGUGAGAGUGGUGCGAAAAAAUGUAAUCUAUGUACAAAGGUAAACAUACAUCUAACCAUAUUGCAUGUCUUGCAGUGGUGUCCAUUGACUUAACCAUAAGCACUCCAGAUAGAGAGGUUGAGACAGGGCCCGAGCUAAAUGAGAAUACUUCAAGAGUGGAUUCUGUUAAAGCAGAAGAUAAUUCAGGCAACACUGAGUGUGACCGAGCAUACCCGGGAGGCCGUCGAGAGAUGAUGCCAGCUUUGCCAACAGCAGGUGAGCCCCCUUGUUUUCUGCUAAUGUUCAUACCAAAAGUGUGCAUGAUGUUACGUGAUAAUGUUGUUUACUUCUUGUCCACAGUGAGUGAGGUCAGAGCAGACGUGGCGGCACCAGUGAGCAAUACAGCUAGGCAAGGAAGCACGGGGAACACACAUUGCAUGAAGUUUCAGACGACAAUAGAUGGGAUGGCAUUUGUUGGAUCAUCGCCACCACAUGAAUACCAUCCAAUGGCAGCAACAACGGUGAUUGAACCUGUGCCGGCUGGGACCAAUGAAGCAGGUGCUGUUGCUGCUGGUGUACAUAUUGGCCAGGGGGCGUAG